AUGACUCUGGAGUGGUCCUUGAGCCACAACCUUCUGACACAAAGUGUCUACAAGAUGUCUGCCUGCUUAAUCAUUGCCAGUGUUUUGUGCACUUGUUUGGUUGGGGUACAACGCCAGUUGAGUUAUGCUUGGACCAUCUAUUCCAAGCCUACUCCAUGCAACAUUAAAGAGCUUUUCAUUUUGUUUCUGUUCUAUUUGACUAUUGCUGGUGCUGCAGGGGGACUUCUGUAUUAUUGGAUGUCACACACACUCCAAUACAAAGAGGAGCUGUCUGGUAUAAUCGCAGGCACCCUUACCUCCAUUGUUCUACUAAUUCUGUUUCUGGUACAUCCUGCCCGUUGUGUAUUUACCUUGGUAAUACCCACAUUGGGCACCAAACAGGGUCGAAAGAUGAUUUUAUCUGGAAUAUGUUUACUUAUUGGAGCAAACGUCGUUCCAAACAUUGUCCAACAUAUCAAGAUGUUACUGGAACUUUCUCAGUCUCUUGCCAGCAUUCUCUUACUUAAUCUGAUUGCCGCAUCGGUCUGGUACCUCACUCAUUAUCUGACCAAUCUAGAUUUUGACAACAACUAUCUCACGAGGAAGCUGGAGAAACUGGCUAAGAGCAGUCCAACCAAUUGUGACAAGCUUCUGGCUGCUGCUGGAAAGUUAACAAAAACAACAGGACUAAAACUGUCUCAAAAAGAAAAGAAAAAGUGUCUGGUCGAACUGGGCAUUCCUGGAGUUCCAGAAAUUGCAAAUUCUCUUGAAACUGUUGCAAAAACCUUUGGUAGAAAUUUAAAUUUUAGCAAUGUCAAAAAAAAUCCAAGAAUAGUGGACAUUAGAGAAAAGCUCCCCUGGACUUAUAACCGAUACCCACUGACUGUUGGCAUGUACAUUAUUACUUAUUUCAUGACAGCAUUGGAUGUCUAUGCAGUUCGCAUGCGCAGAAAAAUUGCAGCCUUGUUUUUUCAGAAGCAGGAAGAAGAAAGAAUUUGUUAUUUGUACCAGAAGGUUUUAAAGAAAUAUGGAAAAGAUGUCUACAACCUUGCUGUGAUCUGGUCACCUUUGCUACAGCCAAGGACUUGA